GGAGGGGGCGUGUCUGGGCUUCCAGAUUGUUCGGACGGAGAAGGGUGGAAGAAGCUGAAGACGAUCCGUGGCAGCGCAUCAGAGGGGAAAGAUGGUGAAAGAAACGGGCUACUACGACCUCUUGGGCGUCAAGCCGGGCGCCACCUUGGACGAGAUCAAGCGCGCGUACCGGCGGCUGGCGCUGAAAUACCAUCCCGACAAGAACCCCAGCGAAGGAGAGCGGUUCAAGCAGAUCUCGCAAGCCUACGAGGUGCUGUCGGACACCCAGAAGAGGGCGCUGUAUGACCGGGGCGGGGAGCGGGCCAUGAAAGAAGGUGGCACGGGAGGCCGAGGAGGAUUCGGGUCCCCGAUGGACAUAUUCAACAUGUUCUUCGGAGGAGGGGUGCGGAUGCCUGGCCGGCCAGAGAGGAGAGGAAAGACAGUGGUGCAUCCGCUCCCAGUGACCCUGGAGGAUCUGUACAACGGCACCACCCGAAAGCUGUCCCUGCAGAAGAACGUCAUCUGCAGCAAGUGCAACGGCUGCGGGAUCCGGGAGGGUGUCGACAGCAGGUGCCCCAAGUGCCACGGCACCGGCAUGGAGUUUCACGUCCACCAGUUGGGGCCCAGCAUGAUCCAGCAGAUCCAGACCAUGUGCUCGCAGUGCCAGGGCCAGGGCGAGUGGGUCCGGCCCCUCGAUCGCUGCCUCACCUGCAACGGCAGGCGGGUGGUGCGGGAGAAGAAAAUCCUGAACGUCCACCUGGACAGAGGCAUGCAGGACGGGCAGAGGAUCACGUUCCACGAGGAAGGGGACCAGGUGCCCGGCCUAGAGCCUGGGGAUGUGGUCAUUGUCCUGGAUCAGAAGGAGCACCCUGUCUUCCAGCGCGUCGGCAACAACCUGGUCCUCCGAAAGGAAAUCAGCCUGGUGGACGCUCUGUGCGGCUUCAGGCAAGUUGUCCGCACUCUGGACAACAGGACCCUGCUCGUCUCCUCACAGCGCGGUGACGUCAUCCGGCCGGGAUCCGUGAAGUGCGUCCCUAACGAGGGCAUGCCCGUCUACAGAAGUCCCGCCCAGAAGGGCCAGCUCAUCAUACACUUCCAGGUGAGAUUCCCAGAGCCAGGCUGGCUCUCCCCGGACCGUCUCCGCCAGCUCCGCACCUUCUUCCCCCCCCAAGAAGAAGUCAUGGCGACGGAGGACAUGCAGGAGGUGGAACUGAGCGACUACUUCUCCCAGCCGGGACACUGGUGGCAACCCCACACUGGCGAGGCCUACCACAAAGACGACUUCGAGGAGGCCUCACACCCGCAUGUCCAGUGCCACACGUCAUAGCCCCCUCCCUGGAGCGGAGGGGGAGGACGGGGCGAGGGGGGCGGUUCGGAAGGUCGUGCGGUUCAGGGAUGUAAAUAGUUAACGCUGCCACCGGUCCUGUUCGGCGUAGCUUCGGUCGGUCCCCGGGGGGCGCCACAGAGCCCCUGCGGCAGGAGGAGGCUCAGCACAAGGAGUUCCUCACAUCCCACAAGCACGUUCCCAAGGGCUCAGGAUCCAGCUAACAGUAGUUGCUGCCUCCGAGGAGCGUAGUGGUGUAAAAGGGUCUCCGGGCACAAUGCAUCAGGAUCAAUGUCUGCAGGGAUCAUUCACCGCUAUCGCUCUGGGGGCCUGAUUCUCACUCACACCGAAGCCCCUUUAGGCCCCAGUGAGGAGGCCUUAAAGUGGGAGGAACCGUACCCCGCGCCCACAAACAGGCCCCUUUCGUGCUGCCAGAGCAGCAUCAAAGAACCUUAGUUGUCCUUGAGAAUCGGGUCCUUGGGUUUAAACCCCUUCCAGAUUCUCCACUCAGCCCCAUGGGAAUUUGACCGGCUUUAGUCAACGUGCCGUGUUUGCACUAAAGCUUCGUGCAGUUUCGCGACCUGCUCUGGGAGUUUUGCUUCCUCCUCUGCUUUGGGUGGACUCUCCGGCUUCCCCGCCUGAGCUGCAGAGACGCGCUCGCUCGCUCGCGAGAUCUUCUUUUGCACAUUUAAGCAAAAGGGGCUGUUUUCCCGGGGAGGGAAUAACAGGGACUUUUUAAACAAAGCCGGUUUUCCUCCGCUUGGAAAACGCCAGCAGCUUCGCAAAGACACCUGCCCGCUUGGGUUUUCCGCUGACUCGCUUUCCCUUAGCAAGUAACAGAAUGUGGAAAGAAUGCUGAGGAGUCAGUGGCACUUAACGACAGAUAAUCCCAAGCCUGGAAUCAGAUCCGCCCGGAAGGAGGUCUAGGGGCCAAGAUCUAGUCUGAGGAGUCUGGGUCUGCUUCGCAGAUCUCUACUGCCAACCCUGUCGGUAGCACUGAAAUCCCAGGGCUUGAUUCCCAAGUGCCCUGCCCUGUUGUUAUUUACACCAGCGCAUAGUCGGCGCAAAAUGCUACUGGAUCAGAACCGGUGUGAAUGCACCAGGCGUAGGGCAGUGAAGAAUCAGUCCGGCCCACAGGCGUUUGGGGAUUGUAGCGCCAUCUACUGGUAGUCCUGAGCUAUGCGCUAUCCCAGAAUAAAACAUGGCUCAGCUGGUUCUUUCAAGGUCA